GAAGCCUUUGGAGGUUAUAACAUUGCAAUCGGACCGAGCUGGAUUCAUUAUGCAACCGAUGAAGAAACAGUUCCGAUUUGGAAUCUCAAGAAAGACACCAACCUGACAGGGGUGUACAGCGACUACACAAAUAUUAUCAUUAGGAACGACACAGGAGCAAACAUCACGGACAUCGAAAGUUUUCACAAAUUAGAAAAAAUUUUAGAAAAAGUGGAAGACAAGCAGUUAGAAAGAAAACAUGCUAAGAAGACUCCCAUCUCGGCUCGUAUCGGUCUGGCGCUCAUGGGAUGGAAACCAAAGACUGCAGCAGAGAAACUCAUCGAAUACUUAGACGUUGACUUUGAAAUGGGCAAAAGGGCUGAAUUGGGCCCAUUCAGAGAGUUGUUUGCAAGGGAACCUGAUUUUUUCGUGACUGACCAAAGAGGARUGUGGACUCUGUACAAGGGUAUCUACAAGACGUUUGAAGACAAGAUCAAACUGGAGAAAACCGUGACAGAAGUGAAGUACAACUCGACUUCAGUCCAGGUGAAAUUGCGUCAUAGAUAUGUAAGGCUUUCCAUUCAGUCAUUUCUUGAAACAUCCAUCAUUUUAGAACUGUAUCGCUAUCUGAAAGAGUGGGCGGUGACUAGAUAUUUUGAGGCGCAGUUGGCCAGCAACAAGAAAGGAUUUUUUCCUGUGUUCCAGGAUCUUGAAAAACCAGGGAAGUUCCCAGAAGGCAGUGGAAUGCUGUUGAUUACAGUUGCAGAAAACGAAGGACGAAGAAUCGAGAAACAAUCUUUCGAGAAAACCAAAGCAGAGAUUGUCGAGAUGUUGAGGGGAGUUUAUGGACAGGACGUACCAGAACCGACAGAUAUAUUCUACCCCAGAUGGUUCACGAAUCCCUUUACUCGCGGCACAUUUACAUWUUCACCACUUGGUACUACAUCUCAAGACAUUACGAAUCUUGCUAUGAACUUAGAAAACUUGUACUUCGCUGGCGAAGGGACGAGCGAAGACUGGCACGGGUAUAUGCAGGGUGCAUAUCUGACGGGUCAGGAGAAAGCACGAAUAAUAUCCAGCAUUAUUAAAAAGCAAGACACUGAGGAUUGCCAUCUGGACUAAAAUAUGAUGCAAAUCAAGAAAAAUUACAUAUAUUAUUCAAUUUAUUUAUCUUCCCCCCACCUCCACCCCCCUGGGAAAAUGAGUUCUCUCUCAUGUAUAUCACAUUAAACCAGAUUUAAACGUUUCUGCCUCCUGUCAUGGCUGCCAUCACGUGAUAAGCCUAAAUACUGACAUUAUUUAAUAGAUACUUUUCAGUUUGGGAUGAUUUUCCAUUCCAGACCACGUGUCAUUCCCUGGAGUAUCAUUUCUUUGCUUAUUAGUACUAUUUAAUAUACAUUAGUAUGGAUAAAAGUUUUAAAAAGCUUCAAAUUUGAACUGGUUUUAAAUGGCAAAAAAGAGUCUAAAGUAUAAGGAUUCAUCGAUUAAUGAAUCAAACAAAUGCAAAAAAUUAUAAAAUAACA